AUGGCGGACGGUAUCGAUCGGCGAGCUGAUGACCGGAUGGAGUUCAACACCUCCAAGGAGGUUACGGUGGCUCCUACCUUCGAGGAUAUGCACUUAAAGGAAAGUCUUCUCCGUGGUAUCUAUGCAUAUGGUUACGAGUCUCCUUCCGCUGUCCAGUCGCGUGCGAUUGUCCAAAUCUGCAAAGGUCGCGACACCAUUGCUCAGGCACAAUCCGGUACCGGUAAGACUGCUACAUUUUCGAUUAGUAUCCUGCAGGUCAUCGACACCGUUGUCCGCGAGAGUCAAGCGCUGGUCCUUUCUCCGACUCGCGAACUUGCGACCCAGAUUCAGUCGGUCAUCAUGGCGCUAGGUGACUACAUGAACGUGCAAUGUCAUGCAUGUAUCGGUGGAACAAAUAUUGGAGAAGACAUCCGGAAGUUAGAUUACGGGCAGCAUGUUGUCUCGGGUACCCCAGGUCGGGUGGCGGACAUGAUUCGUCGGAGGCACCUGCGCACGCGCCACAUCAAGAUGUUGGUCCUCGAUGAAGCCGACGAGCUCCUGAAUCGUGGAUUCCGUGAGCAGAUUUACGAUGUCUACCGUUACCUACCUCCUGCUACGCAAGUUGUCGUAGUUUCUGCCACUCUACCGUACGAUGUACUAGACAUGACGACUAAGUUCAUGACCGACCCGGUUCGCGUUCUCGUUAAGCGUGACGAAUUGACCCUGGAAGGCAUCAAACAGUACUUCAUCGCCGUGGAGAAGGAGGACUGGAAAUUUGACACCCUGUGUGAUCUCUACGACACCCUGACCAUCACACAGGCCGUCAUCUUCUGCAACACCCGGCGGAAGGUAGACUGGCUUACCGACAAGAUGCGCGAAGCCAACUUCACCGUCUCCAGUAUGCAUGGCGAGAUGCCCCAGAAGGAGCGUGACAGCAUCAUGCAGGACUUCCGCCAGGGUAACUCACGUGUCCUCAUCUCCACCGACGUGUGGGCCCGUGGUAUCGAUGUGCAGCAGGUUUCCCUAGUUAUCAACUACGACCUGCCCACGAACCGCGAGAAUUACAUCCACCGUAUUGGCCGAAGUGGUCGUUUCGGAAGAAAGGGUGUCGCCAUCAACUUCGUCACUACCGAUGACGUGCGCAUCCUUCGUGAUAUUGAAUUGUAUUAUUCUACACAGAUCGACGAGAUGCCUAUGAACGUUGCCGACCUCCUCUCGUAA